AGCCUUGCGCCUCGUGCUCCGACGCUUGGUCGCUGCUGAGAACCUCGCUUCAAUGUUCAGUGGGAGCCUGUGCCAGGAUUACAAUGGGGGCGAUGGUCAGCUGGCCUCCACGAGAGCCUCCAUGGUUGAGUUCGAGGGUGUGCCAAAGACUCCCAGCCACGUCUUGAGGCCAUCGACUCCGGCAUCGUCCCCAGCCCUCGACAGUCACGAGGCGAACGACCAGAUCUUGUCCUCAGACAUUUUUUUCGGCCCUGACUUCUCUGAUGAGCAGCCGAGACCCACAAUCGAGACAACGGAGUCCUCGUUCCUCGACGUGACAAACUUGCAGGAUCUCUCUCUGGGUGCCGCCUCAGGGGAGCUCGAGGUCAUGAGCCUAUGUGACAAUGAGGAUCUCGAAAUCGCAGCUGCCAGCGCUGCCCAGCGCCUCAAAGCUUCGUCAGGAAAGACGACUUGUCAGAAGCCCCCAGCCUCCACCCCGGAGCCCGGACAUUUGCCAACUCCGGACGCAACACCAAAGAGCGAUGACGUCUCAGCUGAGCUGGCCCAGUCUGAUAGCAAAACGGAUCCGGUCGAGGUCGUCAGUCUAGGCGACGAUGAGGAUCUCGAAACUGCUGCUGCCAGCGCUACUCAGCAUCCCAAAGCUGGAGCGUCAGGAAAGACGGUUUAUCAGAAGCCUUCAGUGUCCGAUCCAGAGCCGGAAGAUGUGCCAACUUCGGACGCAACACCAAAGAGCGAUGAAGUCUCAGCUGAGCUGGCCCAGUCUGAUAGCAAAACGGAUCCGGUCGAGGUCGUCAGUCUAUGCGACGAUGAGAAUCUCGAAACUGCUGCUGCCAGCGCUGCUCAGCAUCCGAAAGCUGGAGCGUCGGGAAAGACGACCGGCCAGACGCUCAAGGUUCCUGCCCUAGGUCCUGAAUCCUCGCCAACCCCAGACACAACACCGAACCCGGACCCAACACCAAGCAAGAACCCCAAAACACGAAAGUCAUUACCUCAAAAUGGACAAUCGACCGAGAAGCCCACCGCGAGGGAUGGAGACUUGACCUAUCUUCACGACGAGGACUUUGCGAAGGAGAUGCACGCACGCGUGAAGUAUCUCUCUGCACGAGCACAGCCUCCUUCCUCGUACAGCGCGAUUUUGUCUUCACUUACGGAGCACGACCAUGCGCCGACGAGGUCGUGGACUGAUGGACAAGCCUGGAGCCGCGUGCUCGAGAACUCACUCAAUGACCGUCGUCGAUCUACGAUCUACCACGUCCUAGCCGCCAUUGCGUUCUUGAGGUGGUACGAGGUGCAGCAGAGUCUUGAGUGCGAAAGAGUUGGAUGCAAGCCGCAAGAGGCUGGAACGAGAGUGUUGUCUCGGCUUUCGGAAUCGGGCCCGCAGCUGUCAGAUGACCUGCGCAAAAGGUGGAACACACAUCUUACACGCGGGCGGAAGUGGGACAAGCUUUGCAAUAAGUUUGGGCUAGGCACUCUCCUUGCAGAUGCUUGGUCAUUCGGGAAGCAAACCAACAAGGCUCUGGAAGAAUCCAUUGCCCGGAUUGAAGGAAGCGCAAUGAAGCAGGCCAUUCUCAAGGCAGCGGAAGUCGAACUCCGUGAUCUCAUCAGCCGGGGCCAGACAGAUAACAAACGAUUCGGGGAGGCUCUUGCGAAGCUUGGCUUCACAUUCAACAAAGAGACGAAGUCGGAGUCACUCUCAGAGAAGAUCACUAGGCUGCGAGAACCGCUUGGCAAAGUCUCCAAAUCCGGCACAGUCUUUCUUGGGGACUUCCAUUUUGAGGCUGAGUGUGUCAGCAGAUUGAACACCGGCACGUGGUUCAAUCAAGAUCUGGUUCUCUUGGCGAUGCACCUCGCGGACAAGUUGUCCAAUGUCCGCGUCGGUUUCUCGAUUCCAAUUCAUGGAGGUGGAGGCAAAGCCUUGGCCAAACCAUUCGAGAGAGCCGCCAAGCAGGUGCAACAAUGGACUGAGGAGGGGCAAGAUUGCAUCGGCUUCUUCCCUCUCUUCUUGAACGACAACCACUUCACUCUUCUCGAAAUCGACGCGAAGAAGAGCAAGAUCUUCCACUACGACUCCAUGAACCUGGCAAACGAAGACGUCAAGAAUGCCUGUCGAGCACAGUUCAGGGAUUACAUGUUCCACGCACAAACUGGUUUCAUCCAGAACGAUAGUUCCAGCUGCGGCCCUCUGGUAGUUGAAACCGCCCGCCUGAGGAUGCUUGGAAUGCCAGUCCCAUCACAAAAACAAGGUCCAGGUGCCGAGGAGUUGAGAGUCACAAUCUGUGAGACUAUCACUAGGGCACUGCACAGCAAUAUCUUCAAGGCAGUGAAGUCAUCAAAAAGAAAAUCCGAGGCCAACCCGACAGAGACGCCGAAGAAGAAGUCCUUGGAGGGGAGUACGAACAAACGAAAAGCCGAGGUCGAACCGACAGAGACGCCGAAGAAGAAGUCCUUGAGGGGGAGUACGAACAAACGAAAAGCCGAGGCCGAACCGACAGAGACGCCGCCGAAGAAGUCCUUGAGGAGGAGUACGAACAAACGAAAAGCCGAGACCGAACCGACAGAGACGCCGAAGAGGUCCUUGAGACGGAGUAUGAGAAUUUGAACAGACCUGUCUAAGUACAUGAUGUAUAUAUAGCAACUUAAUCUUGAACACACGUUUGCAAC